AAUAAUGUAAGAUAAGAGAUUCAAAUAAUUUUUCUAAUAUGCUGCAUUAAAUAAAUUCUAUUUAAAAAAGAAUAUUAGUAUUUAAGAGUGCAAAAUUAAAAAAUAAAAUAAAAGAAAAAACAAAUACAAAGAGUGACAAUUAUGAAUAUUAGGUGAAGUGGCGACAAAGACCGAGACCAAGUGUUCACAAUGGGCUCUUUCGAGGCACGUUGUUUUAGAAAAUAAAGAUUGAGGCUGGCAGCUAAGAUUGUAGUUUAGAUAUAUAUACAGAUACAUAUGUGUUUAUAUAUAUAUAUUUCCAUUUUCCUUAGUGUCAGUAUAUUCUUGUUAUUCCAUAAUCACGAGAAUGAUAGUAUUAGUAGUGUGGCUUCUUUUCUUGCUUACCACCGCUGCUCAUGUACGGUGUGAUGAUGGUGAUCAACAAGACAGUCAGUGCAUAGAGAAGGAGAAAGAGGCUCUCCUCAGCUUUAAGAGAGUUGCUGAUCCAGGUAACCUUCUUUCUUGGGCAACUGAUAGUUCCAACCAAAACUGUUGUAACUGGGAAGAAAUCACUUGUGAUAACCAAACCAAUCAUGUUGUUGCUAUUGAUUAUUAUGGUUAUGGUGUUGGUGGUGAGAUCGGUUGCUCCUUGGUUGAGUUGCAGUAUUUGUAUUUCUUGAAACUAGCUGGGAAUGACUUGAAUCGAAUUCCCAAGUGUAUUGGUUCUUUCAAACAUCUCACACAUCUCUAUCUUUCAGUUGAUCCAGUUAGUGGAACUAUUCCUCCUGAGAUUGGUAAUCUUACCAAAUUGCAGUAUUUUGUUCUUUCAACAUCUUCUUAUAACAACAUCAUAUAUGUUGAUAAUCUUGACUGGCUUUCUCGUCUCACUUCUUUGAAGAGCUUUGUGUUGAGGAAUGCAAAUUUGACAAAAGCAGUGUUCCAAUCACUUAGAGUGGCACCUUUCUUAUCACACUUCGAAAUAUCAAAUUCUGUAAUUCCCAAGGUAGAUCUUUCAUCUCCAUACUCUACAAAUUAUUCGUCGAAUUUUCUCAAAUAUCUUCGACUUUCUUAUAAUUCAAUACAUCCCACUGCAAUUACUUGGCUCUUAAACUCUAGUAGUAACCUUUUUAAACUCAGCAUAUCAAAGAACAUCAUAGAUGGUUCAUUUCCAGAUUCCUUUGGGGGAAAAAAGUUUUUGUCAAGCGUUUACUUGACCCGAAAUGAAGUUGAAAAUGGAGUUCCAAAGUCAUUGGGGAAUCUUACCAACCUGCAAGUCUUAGAUUUGUCUCGAAACAACUUUAGUGGAGCCUUGCAUGGUGUUUUGGGAAAUCUGUCAGGAUCUGCCAAGAAGUCAUUAGAGGUUUUGUAUUUGAAUUAUAACCAACUUGGAGGACUAAUUCUUGAGGAUGUUGAGAAGACAUUCCCAUCGAUGCUAGAGCUAUAUCUUGAUAAUAAUCGGUUGGAAGGUACUUUUCCUAGCCGCUUAAGUCGAUUUCCAAGUCUUCGUAUUUUAUGGUUGAAUGACAACCAGUUCACAGGACCAUUGCCUGAUCUUUCAUCAAUGCCAAACUUGAUAAAUUUCAAAGCAAGUAACAAUAAGUUGAAUGGUACUUCAAAAGAGAGUAUUGGUGAGCUUUCUUAUCUUGAAUUUUUAGAUGUCUCUUCAAACUCUCUUGAUGGGGUUAUCUCUGGAGUGAACCUAAGGUGUCCCAAAUUGAAGAGACUGUAUUUUUCCUAUAACUCAGCCUUGAGAUUGAAAUUCAACUCCAAUUGGGUUCCCCCAUUUAAGUUGGAAACCAUAUUCCUCAUAUCUUGCAAGCUAGGUCCACAGUUCCCUAGUUGGUUGCAAACACAAUCACAACUCUCCUAUCUUGACAUUUCAAAUUCUGACAUUUCUAGUGCUGUUCCUGAUUGGUUCAGUAAUAUAUCAUCCAAUUUGGAGUACUUAAAUAUGUCUUUCAAUUUUCUCUAUAGCACCUUGCCACAUUUUCCAUUGAUGGGUGCUUAUACAGUUGAUUUGAGUUUCAAUCAAUUCAAUGGUUCUAUUCCAUCUUCUCUCUCCAAUGCAACCCAUUUAUAUCUCUCCAAUAAUAAUUUCACUAGUUGCAGCUCUUUUCUAUGUGAAGCCAAAGAUGUGGUAACAAGAAUUCUUGACAUGUCCAAUAAUCAAUUUUCAGGGAGCCUUCCUGAUUGUUGGGGGAAUUUCAAUAGGACUCUAUUUUUUCUGAAGUUGGACAGCAAUGAAUUCUCAAGAAAGAUCCCAAUUUCCAUUGGAAGUUUGACAAAACUUCAAUCUCUACAGUUGGAGCACAAUAACUUCUUGGGACCUUUGCCUUCUACACUGAAAAACUGCACUAGACUACAAGUUUUGGAUUUGGGAUGGAAUAGUUUGGAAGGAAUAAUACCAUUAUGGAUUGGUGAAAGAUUUACUUCAUUGGUUUUUCUCAAUCUGAAAUCAAAUGAAUUUCAAGGAAACAUACCAUUGAAUCUCUGUCAUCUUUCUCAUAUCCAAAUAUUGGAUCUCUCCUUAAAUAAUCUAAGUGGUGCUAUUCCUUCUUGCUUUGCAAAUUUCACAUCAAUGGUUCAGAACACUGGCGCUACAAGUCCCAACAUUUUGAUAACAUAUGGUCCUGACUACAUGGGAGAGUAUCAAAGUCUUGCAUCACGGGUUAUUUGGAAAGGAAUAGAGUAUGAAUAUAAGAGUAUUCUUGGUUUGCUAAGACUGAUUGAUCUAUCGAGUAAUAAAUUGGGUGGAGAGAUACCUGUUGACAUGACUCGUCUUUUGGAAUUGACUCAGUUAAAUCUAUCACGAAACGAGUUGAGUAGAAACAUUCCUAAAGAGAUUGGGAGCUUGACUAAGUUAGAGUCUUUGGAUCUGUCCCAUAACAAGCUUUCUGGUGCAAUUCCCAUCAGCCUGGCACAAGUGUCUCUUCUGAAUCAUUUGGAUUUGUCAAACAAUCGAUUGUCAGGAAAAAUUCCCACAAGCACUCAACUACAAAGUUUCCAUGCUUCUACAUAUACCAUGAACCAUGGACUCUGCGGACCUCCUCUGACAAGUUCAUGUCAUGAAGAUGGAACUUUGCAAGAAGGUUCUUUGGCCUCAGCUCAUGAUAAAGAAGAUGAAACGUGGUUUGAGUUGUCAUGGUUUUAUAAAGGAAUUGGAGUUGGAUUCACUAUAGGAUUUUGUGGAGUUUGUGUCAAUUUAGUGAUGAUAAAGCAUUUCAUGCAUAGCCUAAGAAAUGUGCUAUCAAAGGCACUGCGCUGAGAAGAAAGCUUACUGCAAUUGACAGUAGAUUCCUCUGGUGAUGAAGAUCAGACUUAGUGGCUGCAAGGAUUCUAAGAGUUCAAAGUUUAAAAGCAACAGAAUUAAAGGGUCAAGCUUGAAGCAUUUGAAUCUCUAUACUGUUUUUAGUAGCUGAUGCUUUUGACUAUUGUUAAGUAAGUUUGUAAACUUUGUUUCUACAAUUACACUUACCAAACAAAGAUUAACUUUCUCUUAA